AUGGAAAAUUCAGAGUGUACCUAUGUCUGGGUAGGUUUUGGUUUCAUAACGGCCGUUAUGAUUAUUUCCUUGGUGAAAAAUAUUUCAUACUACAUGCAAGUAAAGAAACGAGGUAAAACAUACAAAGAUGUUCCAGAAUACAGUCCAAGCCAUGAAGAGUUUUAUACUGAAGAAUGUCCUGUUUAUGACAACCUCAAUCACCGUCAACAAGAUAUUCUAAAUGAAAGUUAUUAUGAACAAAUGAACGCCCAUUCUCAGACACCCAACAAUGAUGUACAGCCAACAGCUGAGCGUCAGAUGUGCUAUGCUUCUCUUGACCACAGUGUCAAAAGAAAACACAAAAACCUUCGAAAAAAGAAAUAUCCUCCAUUGGAAUCAGAUGAAGACCAGCUUACCAGAAGCUGCUCCAUGCCCUCAGACACCUGUAUUUAUCUCAACAGUGAGCAGCUGAGCAUCGAAAACAACAUUUCUGAAGAUGCUUCCUGCCAGUGA